ACUUUAACUCAGUGCAACAUGGACCUCUUCGUGAACCACUGCCGGCUGUGCCGGGCGGAAAACGAUUCCACCGACAACUGGACACUGCUCGGUCGAUCCGGCCACGAGCAAACACUGGAGAAGAUUCACCUUUGCACCGGCGUGCGAAUAGAGGCGGACGAUGGCUUGCCGCAACGGGUCUGCCGACGCUGUGAGGCCUCGCUGGACCAAGCCGACACCUUUCGCCGGCAGUGCCAGGACGCGGACGCUUGGUGGAGGUUUAAUUUCGGGGAGAACUCCGUCAAACCUGUUCCGAUCACAUCGGUUUACGUUAAACCGGAGGUUGUGGAAGCGGAUGAGUUGUACAGCGAUGAGAAUCUGAAGGUUGGGGUGGAAACAGUGCUCAAGGAAGAGCCGGAAAAUUCUGAUGAUUCAGAUUACAAACCGGUAAAGAAGGAGCAAAAAUCGGUGAUUAAGACUAGCAAAAAGAAGGAGAAGGCGAAUCCAAAGAAGAGAGGUCGGACGGACUUCCGGUGCAGCGUAUGUUCCAAGCAAUUUCUGCAAAAGAGUGCCCUAGAAGAGCACGAGGCGCGUCACAGUGGAGUCCGAAAUCAUGAGUGUACCCAGUGUGACUGCAAGUUUUUCGGAGUGUCAGGUCUUAGGCGACACACGGCUCUAAGACAUUCGACGAACCUACCGUUUCCAUGUGACAAAUGUGACCGGAUGUAUGCCAUGGAAUCUCAACUCGUACAACACCAGAUAACCCAUUUGGAAGCGAGGCCGUUCAGUUGUGAGCUAUGUCCCAAGGCGUUCAAAACUCAACCACAGCUAAAGGCUCACAUCCGCUACGUACACCAGCCGCAGGAAGUCAAGGAUGUACAAAAGAAAGCUUAUCAGAAAAUUUGUGUCUGCUCUUAUUGCGGAAAGAUUUCCAACACGCUCACAAAUCACACGAUACAUCUGAGAAUUCAUACUGGAGAGAAAAAGUACGAGUGCCAGAUCUGCAACAAACGGUUCACGGCUCAGUGGUCCCACCGCAAGCACAUGCUAAUCCAUACGGACGAACGGCCGUACCAGUGCGAGCACUGCCAGAAGGCGUUCCGCCAGCGGCACCAUCUGACCACCCACAUCCGCGGGGUCCACAGCAACGAGCGACCCUUCCCGUGUCGGUUCUGCCCGAUGGCGUUCGUAACGCGGCAGAGCAUGCAGGCGCACGAGAAGACGCACGGAGAACCGCUUGUGGGGCAUGGUUCCACCCAAUAAAGUGUUGGAUCUAUCAAGAAGUGG